AGGUAUAUAAUUUACACGCAAGAUAACAUAAUCAUUCUUGUUCUCCUCCGUUACGCCGCGAAGAUGAAAGUAGCCAUCCUGUUUGUGGUAACUAUUUACUGCGUCCUUGCUACAAAAUGUGGUCACCGCAGGAACAGCAAUGGCGGUCCACGUAUCAUUGGUGGAACGGACGCUUUGCCUCACGAGUUUCCUUGGCAAGUGUCUCUAUGGGCCAAGAAUUCCACACUUCAUUUGGACACACACUAUUGUGGGGCGUCUGUAGUAAAUGAGAACUGGAUCCUCACAGCUGCACAUUGCUGCGCGGACUACCCAGCUUUUGAAUUCCGGGCACUGUUUGGGAAGCACAACUUGCGACAGUCCGAAGAGACACAGCAACGGAGGUACAUUGAGAAGGUUAUUAUGCAUGACAAAUUUGUACUAACCAGAGCGCAGUACGAUUAUUGUCUGAUUCGAUUAUCAGAACCGGUGAACUUCACGGAGUACAUCGGGCCCGUGUGUCUACCAGAACCCGAGGAAGACUACACCGGCGCCAUGUGCACAACGAGCGGUUGGGGUCGUACGGCGAACGGUAGAACCCACACUGACAUUCUGCAGAAAGUAGACCUACCCAUUUGGACUAACGACGAAUGCGCGCUGGCUUACGCAGGAUAUCUGUUCAAUAUUACUGAUGACAUGAUCUGUGCUGGCUAUAAAGAAGGAGGGAAGGGCACAUGUUUCGGUGACUCUGGAGGUCCAUUGGUCUGCGAAAGAGAAGACGGAAGUUGGGUUCAAGUUGGAAUAACCUCGUGGGGAGGUAGAGGAAAUAAAUGCGCUUUGCCCAAUGAACCAUCUGUAUUGGCGCGCGUCAGUUAUGUUCUGGAUUGGAUUCAGUCUACCAUUGGUGAAAACAGCCUGUGAAGAAAGACAGCAGUCAGCAACUUGCCAACUGCUCUAUGACGUCAUUAAAAACAAAUUCCGAAACAGG